AAUGAAAUUACAUGUGCAGGGGAUAGUCGGAUCUGGAGCUGGGUACCUGAUAAUGACGUGGUGUGUGGAGAAGAAGGGCCCGGUCUUCACCGCAGUCUUCAUCCCCAUGAUGCAGAUCAUGGUAGCCAUCAUCGAUUUCUUCUUCCUCCAUGAACAAAUCUACCUUGGAAGCGUGCUAGGAUCUGUACUGAUGAUACUGGGGCUCUAUCUUGUGCUCUGGGGAAAGAAGAGGGAUGAAGCAUCUGUUUCUUGUACCACAAUCACUACCAAGCAAGUCGACGAACCAGCUGACGACAAGCCGUGAAACUGUAGAGAGAUAACACCCUUGGAUUCGGUUACUGCAAUGCAACAUAUAAUAUGUAGUUUUUCUUCCCAUUUUACUUAACCACUGGAUGCAGCUAGCU